UUUACCCUUAAAAAAAAACCCUUGAAACCCUUAGCUCAGAGAAGCAAAAGAAAAAUGAGACCACCGAGAGGCGGCGGAGGUUUUAGGGGCGGAAGGGACGGUGGAAGAGGCAGAGGAGGUGGUCGCGGAGGCUUUGGUCGUGGUGGAGGACGUGGUGGCUUCCGUGACGAAGGACCUCCUGCUGAAGUUGUUGAGGUCUCUUCAUUCCUUCACGCGUGUGAAGGUGAUGCGGUGACAAAGCUUACCAAUGAGAAAAUACCUUUCUUUAAUGCUAAUAUCUAUCUCCAGAACAAGACCCAGAUUGGUAAAGUUGAUGAAAUCUUCGGCCCCAUCAAUGAAUCCUACUUUUCAAUCAAACUGUUAGAAGGUAUUGUGGCAACUUCUUAUGCCACGGGUGAUAAGUUUUAUAUCGACCCGAGCAAGCUUUUGCCUCUUGCAAGAUUUCUUCCACAACCAAAGUAUGGACAAGCACAAGGUGGUAGAGGAGGUGGUAGAGGAGGAGGCAGAGGUGGUGGUAGAGGUGGUGGUGGAUUUCGUGGGAGGGGUGCCCCAAGAGGUGGUCGAGGUGGUCCUAGAGGUGGUGGCCGUGGUGGUGGAUUCAGAGGUAGAGGUAGGUUUUAGAGCAUUAACAUGUUGUAACAUUGCAAAUGCGGUUAUCUGCAAUCCCUUUUGGUUUUCGCGGGGAUACAAUUUUGAGAAUUUGAUUCCAAGCUUUAAUUGUGACUGUUGUGUUCAUUGGAAACAUGUUUAUUUCAGAGUCUUUUGUUUAUCCAAACUGCAA